GAGAAUGAUAGGUUUGCCAUUCAGGAUUCAUUCAUACUAAGAAACACUUGCAGAGGUCAAAGCACAAAAUCCCAACAAUGCAAUACACUCAACUCUCAUUUUGGGGAAUCUUUUGGAUGUUGCUACCAAUGAUCCAAGGACGAGCUAUAAAAACUGAUCGAGUGAAAAAUGAUGCAAAGAUGCUGGCAAGGACCUUGAUUACCAGGAUACAAGAGCACCCAAUCCAGUACCUUUUCCCCAGCAAUCUAAAAAUCAGUGGUUUGGAUUUUAUCCCAGAUGAGCAGUUACUAGAAAGCCUGGAACAUAUGGAUGAAACGCUUGAAGUUUUCCAAGAAAUUCUCUCUAGUCUCCCAAUGGAAAAUGUUGAUCAGAUGUUGAGUGACAUGGAGAACCUCCGCAGUCUGUUACAAUUAUUGAGCACCAUAAUGGGAUGUACAACCAGAAAACACAGCCAAAGUGACACUCAGGUGAACCUGACAGAGGAGUAUGCCAAAGCCCCUUACACUACAGAAAAGGUAGCACUGGAUCGUCUCCAAAAAUCCCUGCAUAGUAUUGUCAAGCACUUGGACCACAUCACUAACUGCUAACUAAGACCAUACUAAUGGCAAAAUAACUCUUUUUUUUCACUUCUCUCAAAAACACCUUUGUUAUUUUGAUGAGGAACUACUGCAAGCCAUAUUUAUUUGCAAGACUAGGAGGCAAUGUUUAGCAGGACCCAUUUCCCUUUCUUAUUUUGAGUCAGCAUAAACAUGCACAUAGUUAAAGGGAAGAUAGAAAAUGGUAUAAAACUAUUGUUCCCAAAAAGAUAUCAGUGUCAUAGAGUAAAUCCAUACCUAGGAUAAUGCUGGUCACUAUAUGAAUUAGUAGAUACAAUGAUAAUAACUACAAGGAUUCUAUUCCAGUAUGGGCUUCCACAUUUCAUGUACUGCACACUACAGAAUAUGUUUGAUACCCACAUGGACGUGAACUAUACAGUAAAAUGAAUUGCACUAGUACGUGCACAAUAAUUAAUAAAUACCCAUGGAAUAUCUAUAGUAGAGAGGCAUUGACAUGGCAAUAGAAAAAACCCAUUGAUACAACUUUGUCUUUGGUGUCACAAAAUGAGGCCUUGCUGUAAAUGCCAGCCUCAGCUGUGUUGUUAGUUUAUAAUAGAAUAUAGUAUAUUUUAAAAAAAAAUAUUUUUAUAUUUAAAGGUUUUCUUAAACUUGAAUAUUUCAGUUAAAACAGGCAGCAAACAAAUAUUUAUUUAUUUAUCCUUUAUUUUGUGUUUUA